UUAAAAGAUAUCAAAGCCCAUCUGCCUGCUGCCUGCCUGCCUCUCAUUUAUUCUCUUCUUUUCCUUUGUUUUUUUUUUUUGGCUUCUCAAGAUAAUUUUGCUUUUGGGUUUAGAGAAAGAAAAAGUUUUGAAUUACAAUACAAUCUAUUUGGCUUUUUCCAUUUAUCAUUGGCUGUUGUGUUUGUUUCUGUUUGCUUUUCUUUUCCAUGCCACACUAACCUCUAUCUAUCAAAUGGGUUUGGUUUGGUUUUGUUUUCUCUGUUUUAUUUGCUGUUCCUUUUCCUUUCUCUUUCUCUAAUAACAAGCAAGAAAGAAGAUCCUCGAGAUUGGCGUCUGAGAUAAAGACCACAGGACCCUAUAUUCAAGUUCAUUUUAAAGUAUGGUUUUUUCAGAUAAACAGUGAAGAGUGAGCGUGAGAUACAGAGAGAAAACAAACCGCCACUAUCAUUCUGAUGAAGGAGAGAGGAGGCUCUCUUGGAGGAGAGAGCCUACCUGAUACCACCACCAUCAACAGUAAAGAAGAAGAUAAUCAAGAACCAAGCUCAACACAAUCACCUGUCCAGGAGAACUGAGCUCAUUUCUUACUGCCUUAAAACCCAAAAACGUCACCUUGGUUUCUUGUUUUCUUUUGGAUAUUUUUUUUUUCCUUUUGGUUGUUGAUAAGACUAAGCACCCAAAAACACUUUCUGGGUCUGUGCCUUUUUUGGCGUUUUCGAUCUUUUAGGUGUUCCUUUUAUUUUUGGGCUGUUGGUGGGUGUAUAUAUGGCACUUUCUAUGCACAAUAAGGAAGGAAGUAAUAAGCAGAUGGACACAAGCAAGUAUGUGAGAUAUACACCUGAGCAAGUGGAGGCAUUGGAGAGGGUCUACACAGAAUGCCCAAAGCCCAGUUCUUUGAGAAGGCAGCAGCUCAUCAGAGAGUGUCCUAUCCUCUCUAACAUUGAGCCCAAACAGAUCAAAGUCUGGUUUCAAAACCGCAGGUGCCGCGAAAAGCAGAGGAAGGAAGCAUCCCGUCUCCAGACGGUGAAUAGGAAGCUGACUGCCAUGAACAAGCUGUUGAUGGAAGAGAAUGACCGGUUACAGAAACAGGUCACGCAGUUGGUUUAUGAGAAUGGAUACAUGCGCCAACAACUGCAGAAUGCUUCAGCAACGACCACAGACAAUAGCUGUGAGUCUGUGGUCGUUAGUGGUCAGCAACAACAACAGCAGCAAAACCCAACACCUCAGCGUCCCCAGAGGGAUGCUAACAACCCAGCUGGUCUUCUCGCAAUAGCUGAGGAGACCCUGGCAGAGUUCCUUUCUAAGGCUACUGGAACUGCUGUCGACUGGGUCCAGAUGAUUGGGAUGAAGCCUGGUCCGGAUUCUAUUGGCAUCGUUGCUGUUUCCCGCAAUUGUAGUGGGGUUGCAGCGCGAGCCUGUGGCCUCGUGAGUCUAGAGCCCAUGAAGGUUGCAGAAAUCCUCAAAGAUCGUCCAUCUUGGUUUCGUGACUGUCGAUGCCUUGAUGUGUUGAGUGUAAUUCCUACAGGAAAUGGGGGCACAAUUGAGCUCAUAUACAUGCAGACUUAUGCACCAACAACCUUGGCCGCAGCACGUGACUAUUGGACACUGAGAUACACAACAACUUUGGAAGAUGGCAGUCUUGUGAUAUGUGAGAGGUCAUUAACUACUGCUACUGGUGGCCCAACUGGACCACCUGCUUCAAGCUUUGUAAGAGCUGAAAUGCUUCCUAGUGGCUAUCUAAUUCGACCUUGUGAGGGUGGUGGCUCCAUCAUUCACAUUGUUGAUCAUGUUGAUUUAGAUGCUUGGAGCGUGCCUGAAGUUCUGAGGCCCCUGUAUGAAUCAUCCAAAAUUCUUGCCCAGAAAAUGACCAUGGCUGCCUUGCGCCACAUUCGACAAAUUGCACAAGAGUCUAGUGGAGAAAUUCAAUAUGGUGGUGGUCGGCAGCCUGCUGUGUUAAGAACAUUUAGUCAGAGGCUCUGUAGGGGUUUCAAUGAUGCUGUCAAUGGAUUUGCAGAUGAUGGUUGGUCGCUUCUUGGUGGAGAUGGUGUGGAGGAUGUGACCAUUGCCAUAAAUUCAUCUCCAAAUAAAUUUCUGGGGUCUCAAUAUAAUGCUUCAAUGUUCCCAACUUUCGGUGGGGGUGUGCUGUGUGCAAAGGCAUCAAUGUUGCUGCAGAAUGUUCCCCCUGCUUUGCUUGUUCGUUUUCUGAGGGAACAUCGAUCAGAGUGGGCAGACUAUGGGGUUGAUACCUAUUCUGCUGCAUGUCUCAAAGCUAGUCCUUAUGCAGUUCCCUGUGCAAGACCUGGCGGUUUCCCGAGUAGCCAAGUCAUUUUACCUCUCGCCCAUACCGUGGAGCACGAGGAGUUCUUGGAGGUGGUUCGUCUAGAGGGCCAUGCAUUCUCCCCUGAAGAUGUAGCUUUGGCACGGGACAUGUACCUGUUGCAGCUUUGCAGUGGAGUUGAUGAAAAUGCUAUUGGUGCCUGUGCCCAGCUUGUUUUUGCACCUAUUGAUGAAUCCUUCGCUGAUGAUGCUCCUCUGUUACCAUCUGGUUUCCGUGUGAUACCACUAGAUGUGAAAACAGAUGGGCCAGCUGCGACUCGAACAUUAGAUUUGGCCUCCACGCUUGAAGUAGGUGGCGGUGGUGCACGUCCAUCUAGUGAAGUGGACACCAACAAUUGUAACCUUAGGUCAGUCCUGACAAUUGCAUUCCAAUUUACUUUUGAGAACCACUUGCGAGACAAUGUGGCUGCUAUGGCUCGCCAGUAUGUGCGUAGUGUUGUGGGUUCUGUUCAAAGGGUUGCAAUGGCUAUUUCCCCUUCAUGGGUUGGCUCCCAUGUGGGGCCAAAGUCCCUUCCUGGCUCCCCUGAGGCUCUUACUUUGGCACGAUGGAUUUGCCGAAGCUACAGGAUCCACACUGGGGGUGAUCUCUUUCAGGUUGAUUCCCAAGCUGGUGAUUCUUUGUUGAAGCAACUCUGGCACCAUUCAGAUGCAAUUAUGUGUUGUUCCUUGAAAACCAAUGCAUCUCCAGUAUUCACAUUUGCAAACCAGGCUGGACUCGACUUGCUCGAAACAACUCUUGUUGCACUUCAAGAUAUUAUGCUCGACAAGAUUCUCGAUGAAGCAGGCCGAAAGACUCUCUGCUCCGAGUUCUCCAAGAUCAUGCAACAGGGAUUUGCAUAUCUGCCAUCGGGAAUAUGCGUAUCGAGCAUGGGGAGGCCAGUCUCCUAUGAGCAAGCCAUUGCAUGGAAAGUCCUGAAUGAUGAUGAUUCCAACCACUGCCUGGCCUUCAUGUUCAUGAACUGGUCUUUUGUGUGAUGAUUAAGUAAAAUACUUACCUAUCUAUUAAGUUAUACAAUAUCCUUCUACUUAGUACCUAAUAAACUAUGACAUUUGAAUUUUAGUAUAUGAUGAAUGAGUUUGUCUUAAUGUGCAUGGUGAUGUAUUUUGGUUGAUGGGUGUGGUUCCACUGUCUACCUCUACCCAUCAAAGUGUUUUUCUGAAAGUUUUCAAUCAAAAUGGAAGAGGACCCACCUUUUGUUA